AUGACAACUUCGAAAAAAGAGUUCAUUUUGUGUCAUUGCUUCGAAAAUGUUUCGAAUAUGAAAGAGAACGAAAACAUUUUUAGUCCGGAAGAAGAACAUUUUGACACUAGCUGGUACAUCGGCUUGAAGCGAGAGGAAGAAAAAGUGUGUGCAUACUUACAUGUUAAAGAGAAGAGUGAAGAAUACUCUAUCAAAACAGAAUACAAAAUCAUUAUUGUUUCUGCAAAUGGAAGAAAUAUGAGUGAAAAGCUCGAAUCCUCUUUCAAUUCUUUGGAAAACGUUGGAUAUGGAAGUGAAUUCAUUUCUUGGGAAGAAAUGCUGAAAGACUAUUUGAUCGAUGGAAAAUUGACAGUCGAAGCUAACGUGAAGAUUCUGAAAAUGACUGGAAUCAAGAGAAAGAAGUUGCGAAAUUUCGAUGAGUCAAUGAAGGAAUUCUCGGAUGUUGUAUUGGUUGCAGGAGAGAAAAAAUUCUACGUCUCAAAAUUAUUCCUCGCUUCCCAUUCUUCGUAUUUCAAGUCUCUUCUUCUGGGAAAUUUUGAAGAAUCGAAGAAAUCGGAGAUCGAACUCAAAGAUAUCGAUUCGGAAGAUUUCCAAUGUUUCCUCGAAGUUCUUCAUGGAGAAGAUGCUAUUAAUGAUGACACUGUCGUCGGAAUUGUCCGUCUCGCCGAUAUGUAUGAUGCACCGACUGCACACAGAAGAUGCGAGCAGUUUCUGAUGGAAAAGUCUGAAAAAUCGUUGAAGGAGAAGUUGGAAUUGGCAGCGAAGUAUAAAAUGAGAUGUGUCAAGAAUAAAUGUCUUUCCGAAGUCAAAACCGUCGCUGACAUCAAAUCAGUUCUGCCAGGAAAUCUCGAGGAAAUGGAUCAUUCUCUUCUCGCUUCGAUUCUACAAAAAGCAAUGACUCAUCUUGUUUAA